AUGGCGCAUAAUUAUGAGGUCGGGACGAGGGCCUGGCAACCUGAUGCUACUGAGGGUUGGGUAGCCUCCGAGGUCAAGGAGAAGCUGGUUGAUGGUGACAAAGUUCGGCUUGUUUUUGUCCUGGAGAAUGGCGAGCCCAAAGAGAUAGAGACCACACAAGCCGAAUUGCAAGUGGAUAACAAUCCGAACCUGCCACCGUUGAUGAACCCUGCUAUGCUCGAAGCUAGUGAGGACCUUACAAACCUAUCUCAUCUCAACGAACCAGCGGUUCUACAAGCCAUCAAGUUACGCUAUGCACAGAAAGAGAUAUAUACAUAUAGCGGUAUCGUUCUUAUCGCAACCAACCCUUUCGCUCGCGUGGAUUCGCUGUAUGUACCUCAAAUGGUCCAGGUUUACGCUGGAAAGCACCGCGCAUCGCAGGCACCACAUUUGUUCGCUAUCGCAGAAGAAGCAUUUGGGGACAUGCUACGGGAUGGGAAGAAUCAAACGAUCGUUGUUUCCGGCGAAUCUGGCGCUGGUAAAACAGUAAGCGCGAAAUAUAUCAUGCGGUAUUUCGCGACACGCGAGUCUUCCGACCAGCCCGGGAAGUAUACCACGAGUAGAGCCGAUGCAAUCAGUGAAACAGAAGAACAGAUUCUAGCCACAAACCCGGUGAUGGAAGCCUUUGGCAAUGCGAAAACUACACGUAAUGACAACUCCUCCCGGUUCGGAAAGUACAUUGAGAUAAUGUUCGACGACAAGACCAACAUUGUUGGUGCCAAGAUACGGACUUACCUCCUCGAGAGAUCGCGCCUAGUCUUUCAGCCGCUCAAAGAGCGUAACUAUCACAUAUUCUAUCAGCUUGUUGCUGGUGCUAGUGAUACAGAAAAACAAGAACUCGGCCUCACAUCUGUUGAGGACUUUGACUACCUCAAUCAGGGCGGGACACCGAUUAUUGAUGGAGUGGACGACAAGACCGAAUUCAUUGCCACGAAGAAGUCGCUAGGGACAAUUGGCGUACCUGAGACCAUACAGUCGGAAAUUUUCCGUGUUCUCGCUGCCUUGUUGCACCUUGGGAACGUCAAGAUCACCGCCACAAGGACUGACUCCACCCUUUCGCCCUCUGAACCCUCGCUUUCUCGGGCUUGUGAGAUACUCGGAAUAGAUGCAAAUGAGUUUGCAAAGUGGAUAGUCAAGAAGCAGCUGAUCACGAGAGGGGAGAAGAUCACUUCCAACCUGACACAACAACAAGCAAUCGUUGUUCGCGACUCGGUUGCCAAAUUCAUAUAUUCCAGCUUAUUCGACUGGCUCGUUGACAAGAUCAAUCGUGGGCUAGCAACUGAUGAAGUAUUGAACAAGUUCAAAUCGUUCAUCGGUGUCUUAGAUAUCUACGGUUUUGAGCAUUUCGCCAAAAACUCAUUCGAGCAGUUUUGCAUUAACUAUGCCAACGAAAAACUGCAGCAGGAGUUCAAUCAACACGUUUUCAAGCUCGAGCAAGAAGAAUAUGUGCGAGAGCAGAUAGACUGGACCUUUAUUGACUUCUCAGACAAUCAACCGUGCAUCGAUCUCAUUGAAGCAAAGUUGGGGAUUCUUUCUCUUUUGGACGAAGAAUCUAGACUGCCCAUGGGUUCUGAUGAACAAUUUGUUACUAAGCUCCAUCAUAACUUCGCUGCUGAUAAGCAGAAGUUCUACAAGAAACCUAGAUUCGGAAAGUCUGCAUUCACAAUAUGCCAUUAUGCGGUCGACGUGACCUACGAGUCAGACGGCUUUAUUGAGAAAAACCGGGACACCGUCCCAGACGAGCAUAUGGAAAUCUUGCGCAAUUCGUCCAACAACUUUGUGAAAGAGAUCCUGGAUACUGCUGCCUCUGUGCGUGAAAAAGAUUCAGCCGCCGUCUCAUCUAAGCCAGUCACCGCUCCAGGGCGGAAGAUUGGAGUGGCAAUUAACCGCAAGCCAACAUUAGGUGGGAUCUUCAAAUCAUCCUUGAUUGAGCUCAUGAGCACUAUAAAUUCUACUGAUGUACACUAUAUCCGAUGUAUCAAGCCUAACGAAGCGAAAGAGGCGUGGGUAUUUGAGGGCCCAAUGGUCCUAAAUCAGUUAAGGGCUUGUGGUGUCCUAGAGACCGUUCGUAUCAGUACAGCCGGGUACCCUACACGAUGGACUUACGAGGAGUUCGCGAUCCGUUAUUACAUGCUUUGCCACUCAUCACAGUGGACUUCGGAAAUUAAAGAUAUGUGCCAUGCUAUUCUAAGAAAGGCGCUUGGUGAUGCCACUCAGCAAAAGCAUGACAAGUACCAACUGGGCCUGAGCAAGAUCUUCUUUCGGGCUGGCAUGCUCGCAUUCCUGGAAAACCUUCGGACUUCAAGGUUAAAUGAGUGUGCGAUCAUGAUACAAAAGAACCUACGGUGCAAGUACUAUCGACGCAGGUAUCUUGAGGCGCGCUUGUCAGUCCUCGCCACCCAGUCGUUAGUCAGAGGAUUCCUCGCUAGGCAGCGCGCAGCCGAAAUACGUCGCAUCAAAGCUGCCACAACUAUUCAAAGGGUGUGGAGGGGUCAGAAAGAAAGAAAGAGAUAUAAUCAGAUUCGCGAUAAUGUCAUCCUUCUCCAGUCGCUGUCAAAGGGCUUCCUUUGUCGGCGCAACAUUUUGAACUCGAUUCAUGGCAAUGCAGCGAAAACCAUACAACGUGCUUUCCGUUCUUGGCGCCAACUGCGUGCAUGGCGGCAAUACCGCCGACAAGUUAUUAUUGUUCAGAAUCUUUGGAGAGGCAAAAAAGCGAGACGGGAGUAUAAGGUCCUGAGGGAAGAGGCCAGAGACCUGAAACAGAUUUCGUACAAGUUGGAAAAUAAAGUGGUCGAAUUAACGCAGUACCUGGAAUCACUGAAACGCGAGAACAAGUCUCUCAAUUCCCAGCUCGAGAAUUAUGAGACUCAACUCAAAUCCUGGAGGAGUCGUCAUAACGCCUUGGAGAACCGGUCUAGAGAACUCCAAGCCGAGGCCAACCAAGCGGGCAUCACUGCUGCUCGGCUCACGGCUCUGGAAGAAGAAAUGAGCAUAUUGCAGCAGAACCAUGCUGAUGGACAAGCCACUAUUAAGCGCCUUCAGGAAGAAGAAAGAAUCUCCCGAGACUCGAUACGUUCUGCAAACCAGGAACUGGAAAAGCUCAAGCAACUCAAUGCAGAAGCUGAGAGUGAGAGAACCUCCCUUCGCCAACAGGUCAUUGACCUUGAGGAACAACUUGAAGUCGCAAAGAGGACAUUACCCCUUCAGGCGUUGAACGGAGACCAGCAGAAUGGCGGAUCUGUACCGCCACCUGCCAAUGGACUGAUCAAUCUGGUUUCCUCGAAAAAGACGAAACCUAAAAGACGUAGUGCUGGUGCAGAGAGGAUUGAUACCGAUCGGUUUAGCGGAGCCUAUAAUCCUCGACCUGUGUCGAUGGCAAUCCCAAGUGCACUCGGCCGCCAGAAUUACUCUGUGGCUGCACUUUCCUCCGGACUUGACUCGGUGGAGGCAGAGCUUGAGACUUUACUAUCCGAAGAGGAUGAACUUAAUGAGGAGGUUGCAAUAGGGCUGAUUCGCAACCUGAAGAUACCGGCGCCUAAUUCCACCCCACCACCCACAGAAAAAGAGGUCUUAUUCCCCGCCUAUCUCAUAAAUCUCGUCACUUCCGAAAUGUGGAAUAAUGGCUUCGUGAAAGAGUCCGAGCGUUUCCUGGCCAACGUCAUGCAGUCAAUACAGCAGGAAGUCAUGCAGCAUGAUGGUGAUGAUACCAUAAGUCCAGGAGCCUUCUGGCUUUCUAAUGUGCAUGAAAUGUUGUCUUUCGUAUUCUUGGCCGAAGAUUGGUACGAAGCACAGAAAACUGAUAAUUACGAGUAUGACCGCCUCUUGGAAAUCGUGAAGCACGACUUGGAGAGCUUAGAAUUUAACAUCUAUCACACUUGGAUGAAGUUGCUCAAGAAAAAGUUGUACAAGAUGAUUGUCCCAGCCAUUAUUGAGUCUCAGUCUCUUCCCGGCUUUGUCACAAAUGAGACGAAUCGAUUCCUCGGAAAGCUUUUACCAUCAAACAACAAUCCAGCCUACAGCAUGGACAAUCUCCUCAGUCUCUUGAACAAUGCAUACAAGGCGAUGAAGGCUUUCUAUCUAGAGGACUCAAUUAUCACUCAGACUGUUACGGAGCUUUUACGCCUCGUCGGUGUCACGGCUUUUAAUGAUCUCCUCAUGAGGCGGAAUUUCCUUUCCUGGAAACGAGGCCUCCAGAUCAACUACAACAUAACUCGCAUCGAGGAAUGGUGCAAGAGCCAUGAUAUGCCAGAAGGGACAUUACAAUUGGAGCAUCUGAUGCAAGCGACCAAGCUUCUCCAGCUGAAGAAGGCCACCCUAAAUGAUAUUGAAAUCAUUCAGGACAUUUGUUGGAUGCUCUCUCCAAACCAAAUCCAAAAGCUGCUAAACCAAUACCUUGUGGCCGACUACGAACAACCCAUAAAUGGCGAAAUCAUGAAAGCUGUAGCCUCUCGUGUUACUGAGAAGAGCGAUGUGCUCCUUCUUACUCCGGUUGAUAUGGAGGAUAGUGGGCCGUAUGAAAUCGCCGAGCCUCGAGUUAUAACUGCGUUGGAGACAUACACCCCAUCUUGGCUUCAAACACCACGGUUGAAACGACUCGCUGAAAUUGUUUCAGCGCAAGCGAUGGCGCAACAGGACAAGCCGGAGAAUACUGAGAAUGGGGUGAUGGAGUAA